GUUCCGGUAGUCUCAAAGCACGUUGCUCUGACAGAGAGGGGGAAGCUGUUGACUAUUUAAUCAUCUGUUUGAGCUACUGAGCUUUCUGACAUCAUGCCAACACCGAGUGAAAACAUGCUUUUUGGGAUGGGAAAUCCCUUGCUUGACAUUUCAGCUGUUGUGGACAAAGAUUUCCUUGACAAGUUUGGCCUGAAGCCGAAUGACCAGAUCCUUGCUGAGGACAAACACAAAGUCUUGUUUGAAGAACUUGUCAAGAGGAACAAAGUCGAAUACCAUGCCGGUGGUUCUACCCAAAACUCAGUGAAAAUUGCCCAGUGGAUGAUCCAGAAACCCCAUAAGGUGGCUACCUUCUUUGGGUGCAUUGGCACGGACCACUUUGGCGAGAUUCUGAAGAAGAAGGCCGAGGAAGCCCACGUGGAUGCCCAUUACUACGAGCAAAACGAGGAGCCCACCGGUACCUGUGCGGCCUGUAUCACCGGAGACAAUAGGUCCCUUGUUGCUAACCUGGCAGCGGCAAACUGCUAAAAGGAAAAACACCUGGACUUGGACGGCAACUGGGAGCUGGUGGAGAAAGCCAAGGUCUAUUAUAUUGCGGGAUUUUUCCUGACUGUGUCCCCGGAGUCGAUCCUUAAGGUGGCAAAACACGCUUCAGAUAAGGACAAAAUCUUCUGCAUGAACCUAUCGGCGCCGUUCAUCAGCCAGUUCUUUAAAGAGCCCUUGAUGAAGGUCAUGCCCUACGUGGACAUCUUGUUUGGCAACGAGACGGAGGCGGCCACAUUUGCCAAAGAGCUGGGCUUUGAGACAGAUGACAUUGCAGAGAUUGCAAGGAAGACCCAAAACCUCCCCAAGGAGAACACAAAGAGGCAGCGAGUGGUGGUCUUCACCCAGGGCAAGGACGACGCCGUCGCAACUGUCGGUGAGAAGGUGACCAUGUUCCCCGUUGUGGACAUCGACCAGAAUGAUAUUGUGGACACUAACGGAGCAGGCGAUUCCUUUGUGGGAGGAUUCCUCUCUGCGUUGGUCCAAGAGCAUCCGUUGGAGGAGUGCAUCCGAGCCGGACACUACGCCGCCAACGUCAUCAUCAAACGGGUCGGAUGCACCUUCCCAGAGAAGCCAGAUUUUCACUGAUGCAUCUGAACACGGCACACUGGUCUUUUCCCCCACAGAAUACUUGUAUAUGUAUGCUUCAGGAUUUUCUGUACAUUUUUUUUUAUUAUUAUUAUUAUUCACAGUGACUGACUACAUGGGACUAAUUGCUGCAGCUUGACUGCUUAAUCAAGCUCCAAUAAGCAGCUCUGAUGUCUUAAUACAAUUCAAACAAAUUACUACUAUCAAAUAUUGGAAUAAUAUAUUUAUGUAUAAAGGAGUAUUCCACUGAAAAUUUGUCUUUUGAUCUUGAGAAACCGAAUACCUUCAGGCCUGGAAAGGUGGUGGAACACUCAUAGUUUCUCCACUGUAGAGUUAAAUACUCUGUGUCCAAAUACCACCUCAUCGUUGCUCCAGGUUGUUGAUUUAUCUGGAACGUGUUAAAAAAAUGUAAAUUAAAAAAAUCAAUGGCAGAGAAGGGCAUUAUCUUGCAGGUGUGACAAUCUUUGAAGUUUUACCCUCUUAUUGCUUUUCAACAUUGAAUCAUGGUCAAUAUAAUUCUUUUUUUUUGACAAGAAUUUACAACAAGAAAUUCUUUUAUGUCAAAGUGGAAUCAGAUUUCUACAAAAUAGCAUCCAUUAGUUAAAAAUAUAUAAUAUAAAACAAGUGUUUGCAUAAGUAUUCGCCUCCUUCAAAUCAGUAUUUAGUAGAUUUAGUAGCAGCUUUGGCCACGUUUACACUGUAGGUUGGACAGGUCCCAUCAUGAUGCUGCCACCACCAUGCUUCACAGUGGGGACCGUGUCUCUGUAAUGACAUGCAGCGCCUUAUUCCUUCCGUUACUUAAUGAUGGAUUUAACUGUACUCCAACGAACAUUCAGGGAAUUGGAAAUGUUCUUGUAUCCAUCCCCUGCUUUACUACUGACGAUUCACUGCAUUCAGAUGAUUUAUAUUUUCACCUGAGUCCCUUUAAAGGGGGUGACUACUUAUGCAAUCACUUAUUUUAUAUUUUUGAUUAAUGGACAUUGCUUUGAAGAAAUGUGUCUUUACAUUGACAUUCAUUUUUUUGUAAAUGCUUAGCCAAAAAGUGAAAUUAAACUGACGCAAAGAAGAAUGGUAAAACACGUGAGGGUGGUGAAUAAUUUUUAUAGGUGCUGUACAUGUAGCUCCUUCAUGGAAGCACACACACACACAUAUAUAUAUAUAAACUUGUCAAAUUAUCCCUGCUGUGUAACUGUAUAAUCCACUUCUCCAUUGUUGAUCUAUGCUUAAUAUUUUUCAGUUACUGCUUUGCCAGUAAAUUACUAUUUACACUUCUUCAUUUGGAGCUUCUGCGUGACGAUGAGACAAUAGUGACACAGAAGUGGUGAAUUAAGUAGUGUAAACUAUGAGUGCCAAGCAGCAAGCUACAAACUUUUCCGAGCCAUCUUUCAUGCCUGCAGGGGGUGAGUUUGGUGAUACUGUAAAGCACACAAUGCACUACGUUUUCAGUUCAGACUAUUCAUUUAAUAUUUAGCUGUCAUGCUGCAGACUUCAUACACCGUUAUGGAUCUACAGGGUGUCCUAAAAAAAUCUGACAUUAUUUCGCAGGCCAAUAAUUUUGGCAAUUCUUGUUGAAAUAACCUCAGAUUUUCACAGAUUAAGAUUUUAUAUUUAAUGUUUUAUUUUUGUUCUGUUUUCAGGUUGAGCCAUGCCGUUCACUCCCAAAGAGAUGUCAUUUUGCAUCUUGGAAUAUGCUGAUGCUGAUGAUGGUCUACCAGAUCCUUUAGCCCUGCAUAAACAACCUUCCUCUUUAAAUUUUUGGCACCAAGUCCAAAUUUGUUUGCCAGUUGGUGAAGUUUUUCCAAAUUUUGCAUUCAAGGCAUGCUGCCCUGUCUUGGGUGACUGUGUGAGAGCAUACUCCAAGAUGGAAAAUUCUCUUCGGGAGUGAACGGCAUGGCUCAACCUGAAAACCGAACAAAAAUAAAACAUUAAAUGUAAAAUCUUGAUCUGUUUCUGUACAUUAUGUGAAAAUUUGAGGUUAUUUUAACAAGAAUUGCCAACAUUAUUGGGCUGCGAAAUGAUGUCAGAUGUUUUUGGGACACCCUGUAUUUCAGUUUCCAAAUGUGGCAGUUGGAGAGAAUAUUUGUUUUUGUUACUAUACAAAUAAAUCAAUAUCAAACUCA